GGGGGCUGAGGGGUCAGGAGUCCUGGAGUUUAUCCCUAGCAUUGGGCAGGUCUGUGGGGGGAGGAGGAUAUAAUUUGGGGGGGCUGCUGGGAUUGGUCAAGUUCUCCCACCGGGACAGCCCUGACCCCCCAUGUCUCCUCCUAGGACCCAGCAGAGGCGUAGUUCAGAUCACCCACCUACCAGGCCCCACAAGGAGGGGCCCUUACCUCAGACCUGCCCCUCCUCAGAGUCCCCACAGGGAGGACCUGAUUCUCCUCAUCUCACCCCACACACUACUGGAACCCCCGACCUCCCCUCCCCCCACGCCCAGAUCCUCUCACUCUCUGUCUCUGCUGCAGGUGCCUGGCCAAUGGGGGGUGCAGAUGAGUUCCCAGUGGGCACAUGCCCUGGGAUGUGCCCGCUGGGUGAGCUGGCACAGCGGGAGCGCCAGGGCCGCCUGCACCGGCUGGAGCUGCGGGAGGGGACGCGGCAGGGUGACCCUGCCCGCGUGGUGAAGGAGUAUUCCCGUCCAGCUGCUGGCAAGGAGCUGCCCCGGCCCCAGGAGCUGCGCCCUGCCCCAGUGCUGCUGGCCACUGUGCGCUACCUGCUGGGCCAGGUGGCGCCUCAAGCCGACCUGCCCCCAGCUGAGGUCCAUGCUUUCAUCUCCGACCGGUUGCGUGCUGUGCGCCAGGAUGCCACGCUGCAGCGGCUGCAAGGGGCUCCAUGCGUGGCCCUGCUGGAGCGAUCACUGGGCUACCUGCUCCAUGCCGGCUACCAGCUGUGCCAGGAAACUCCUGCCCGCUUCGACCCCCACCUCCAUCGCACCCAGCUCCAGGAGUGCUUCAGCUGGCUGCGGCGCUGCUACCAGGACAGCUGUCAUCACGGGGAGCCGGCCUUCCAGGCCCUUUUCCUCCUCUACAACCUGGGCUUCCCGGAAGCUCUGCGCCAGGUCCUGCAGCUCCCAGACCCUGUCCGGGCCUCCCCUGAACUCCGCACAGCGCUGGCUGUCAACUGGGCUUACCUGGAGCGCAACUGGGCACGGUUUUUCCGCCUGGUGCAGGCCUUGCCCUACCUGCCAAUUUGCGCCCUCCAUCGGCACCUGGGCCCCGCCCGGCGCUUGGCACUGCUCACCUUUAGCCACGGCUUUAGUGCCAGGAACUGUCGCUGCCCUCUGACCUGGCUCGCCCGGCUGCUGGCAGUGGACAGCCCUGAGGAGAUGGCAGAGCUGUGCCGCCAUCAUGGGCUCACGGUGCUGGAUGGAGCCGUGGUCUUCCAGAAAGCAGCUUUCAGGGACCCAGGCAUGCUGGUCCACGGCCCCUCGCAGCUGCUAGUGGACAGUAAACGAGGGGAGGCCCCCCUGCUGGAGGUCAUCGAAGAUACCUGUAGCUAAUGGUCUGGAGAGACUUGGGGGGUGAGGAUGGGAGCCAGGACUCCUGAGUUCCUGUCCCUGCCUCUGGGAGGGGAGUGAGGUCUAGUUGGCUGGACUGGGAGUCAGGAUUUAUGGGUUUUAUUGCUGGCUCUAGGAAAGGCUGAGAGGGAGGGCUCCUGGCUUCUGCUCCUUGCAAUGAAAAAGGAAUCAGGUUUAGAGUAAGAGACUGAGAGCCAGGACUCCUGGGUUCUCUUAGUGGCUCGGUCACUGAUUCUCUGUGUGUCACCUCCGCCAAGCCACUCCCUUUGCCUCAUUUUCCCCCUGCAUAAAAGGGGGCUAAAGGGAGUAACUUACUUGUGCUUAGUGCAACUGGAUGGCUCUGGGCGAUCCUUCUGUGUUGAUUGGCUCGGCUUCCUGCAUUUGACCCCUUGUGCUGGAUAAUUUGCCUCCCCCCCCCCCCAUCUCGUGGGUUUGUGAUUCAGGAAGCUGGCUCAGAUCUUGGGGUUUGUGGGAGUUGGUUUGGGUCUGAGCUUUGGUGUGAUGGUUUGGGGUCCCCGAUCCACAUGGCAGGGAGCUGUAUGGAAUGGCAGCCAGUGUCCCCUGCCCCAGGCGGGAGAUAGGGGGAGAUGUAGGAUACAGGCCAAAGUGCCCCUGGAAUUUUGGGGUGUCUGGAGGGAGUAGAAGUCAGUUUUACAAUAAAUGUUGACUUGUAAGAGGUUGUGGGUCUGUGCAGUGGUGGAUUAGCCAAUGGGCCCAUGUGCCCCGGCCAAUUGGGGAGUCCCACCCCCAGCAGACAAACACCAGGGCGUGGUGAGGGAGUCUCUGUGUCCCAAUCCCGCUUUCCGGCAGCAGCGCUGGGCAGGGCAGGGGAAGACCCAGCUUCCUGACCCCGGCUGCAGCCCCAGGACUGGAGGAGCUCUUGCUCCCUGCUGGGGCCUCAGGGCUGGGGGUAGAGUAGAGUAGAGUAGGGACUAAUGGUUUAGAGGCGGGGGGAGCCAGGACUCCUGGGUUCUAUCCCCAGCUCUGGGAGGAGGGUGGGAAUCCCAAGUCUUGGGAGGGUUUAAAGAGACCCAGAUUUUUGAGACUGAAGCCCGAAGCCUGCUUGUGUGGGGGCAGUGCGCCCUGCCAGGAUGCCCACCAGAAGCAUGGUUAGAUGCCAGGAAAGAGAGCCACGCGCCUAGGCUGUUGGUUGGGAUAGAAUGUUUUCCUUUGUUCCUGUGGUUCAGUAAUCGAUACCUGGGUUUGACAAAGGCUCUCAGGGGUGGCUGUAACCCACUAGUCACAGGCUCCCAGAGGGAAGAUCUGCCGGUGCCUGAACCCAGCAGGCCCAGCUGUAACCCAGCACCCAGGCCAAGAGUAGGAGAAUCACAAGAUUCCUCCCCGAGAGAGGCAAAGGCUGAAGGCCAGAGACAUGAGGAGGGUGUGCUUAGACAGAAAAGGGGUUUCCCACUGUUUCCUGUUUCCCACUCCCUGCCCCCUGGAGCCCGCUGGGCUCCCUGGCCUGGGGCCAGAUCAGAGCCGGUUCCCUUUGGAGAGGAAAGGCCCUUUGUCCCAUUCCCCGCCCCCAUGAGCCAGCGAGUUCCCCUGCCCUGGGGCUGGAUCAGAGCCACCGCCCCAUAAUGAGGAUGGGGAAAGGCUUGUGUCCCAUUCCUCACCCCCCUGAACCAGCCAGUCUAUCUGCUGUAAGGCAGAUCUGAGCUAGGGCCUCCUAUAGGGGAAAGGCCCCAUAUCCUAUCCCCAAGCCCCCCUGAGCUAGCCAGGCCUCCUGUCCUGGGACUGGAUUGGAGCUGGUGCCCCUUAGAGGGGAAAGGCCCCAUGUUCCAUUUCCUGCCCUGUGGCUGGAUCCUAGCUGACAUCCCCUUAAGAGGAAAGGACCCAUAUCCCAUUCCCUACCCCUCUGAGCUAGCCAGUCCCCCUCACCUGGGGCUGGAUGGGAGCCAGCGCCCCCUAGAGGUGAAAGGUGCUUUAUCCUAUUCCCAGGCCUCCUGAGCCAGCCAGUUUCCCACUCUGGGGCCAGACUGGAGCUAGCUAGCACCAUCUAGAUAGGAAAAACCUCAUGUCCCAUUCCCAGGCACCCUUGUGUAUCCCCAGGAUGGGUGGGGGGUGUCUAUAACUCAGAAUCCGACAGCCUGAGAAUCUGGGCUGUGUUUAUUUCCCUCCAAGGCGCCUCUCCCUCCCUCCCCUUUAUGGUGUCCAAUUAAAUCUUAAAACAACUCA